AUGAUCAUGUGCCUUGGCCUUGCCACCCUGCUUGGAACCAUUGGACGGGAGAAGUGGUGGGAAAACAAAAGCGAGAUCCUCAGCCAUUUGGAGCAAUUUGAUGAGGCACUGUCCAGAUUUGAUUUGUCUCCCGAGUUCGUAUGGGAGCAGCUCAACAGUUCGAUUUUGUUCCUGGUGUGGAGUUCGUUAGCGCAUGCAGUCCUCGUGCUGGCGCUGCUGGUCAUCACCAUGCCCUUCGCAUCUGCGCUGGGGUGGCUUGUGCGGAUCAUUGUCUUGACUUUGCUGGAUGGGGCGUACGCACUGAGUGGCCUGCAGCUUGCAAAGGUGCGCUUUGCGCACAGAGUCGAGGCACGCGCGAAGGGUACGUGGGAGGGCUGGCUGCUAGUACACGGCGGCCUGGACUACAUGCGCCGCUUCGUUGCGGGCGCUGGGCCUGCAGUGAUUGCACUGGUGCACUGGUUCUUGGAUGACCAGGCAGCCGUGUUCGAUGGCUUACGCAUUGGUCACCAGCUGGUUCGCGAGUUUGCGCAUGGAGCUGCUGUGAAGCUCUGUGGUAUUGAGCUUGCGUGA